AUGACAUUCGGGUCCGACUGGCGGCCGGGCUUGUUUGGAGACAGCAGCAAAGCUGCCGUUUGGCCUACCCCAAGCCUCGGCGCUCCGCAGCCUCUCCUCGUUGUGGAAAUCAAAUUUUGGAUAAUAAAUGGGCCCUUUGAUAAAAUAACACCGACAGCAUCGUUACAUUGUUGUGCGCCAGCGCCGCCUUCUCGCCGCGUGACCUGCACCAGCGGCGACACCGGCGAGAGCGGCGAGAGCGGCGACACCGGCGAGAGCGGCGAGAGCGGCGACACCGGCGAGAGCGGCGAGAGCGGCGAGAGCGGCGAGAGCGGCGACACCGGCGAGAGCGGCGAGAGCGGCGACACCGGCGAGAGCGGCGAGAGCGGCGACACCGGCGAGAGCGGCGAGAGCGGCGAGAGCGGCGAGAGCGGCGAGAGCGGCGACACCGGCGAGAGCGGCGAGAGCGGCGACACCGGCGAGAGCGGCGAGAGCGGCGAGAGCGGCGAGAGCGGCGAGAGCGGCGACACCGGCGAGAGCGGCGAGAGCGGCGACACCGGCGAGAGCGGCGAGAGCGGCGACACCGGCGAGAGCGGCGACACCGGCGAGAGCGGCGAGAGCGGCGACACCGGCGAGAGCGGCGAGAGCGGCGACGGCGGCGAGAGCGGCGAGAGCGGCGACACCGGCGAGAGCGGCGAGAGCGGCGACACCGGCGAGAGCGGCGAGAGCGGCGACGGCGGCGAGAGCGGCGAGAGCGGCGAGAGCGGCGAGAGCGGACAUUGCGAGACGAUAAAUGUCUCGCUCAAGUGCCUUGUUAAAUAUAUAAAUGAAUAG